GGGGAUCAAGAGGUUCACCGGAUUUAGGUGGCACACGAGCUGCAUGAAUUGCCGGACAGGUCAAUCAGAUGCCAACGGCCAAGUCGUAGUGCAUUUCUCUUGCCUCAAAGGGAUCAGUGUGUUACUUGGCGGUUCAAAAGUCCCGCAGUGUCACAUGUACCAGCUCAUGAUGGUGUUGCCGUGAAACGUUGUAUAUCUCGAGCAUGAUUUCCCCUCAUUGUUGGUAGAGAGCAGCAGUUACAGUCCUCUGCAAGCCUUGUCUCGUCUUGUUUUGCCAACGUGCCCCCAUUCAUCAUGUUGAAGAAUCUGCUUGUUCUGACUCUGGCGUCUUUUGCCUUUGGGCAAGAUGACAUUCCUACGGAUGCCAGUGUCAAGGAUGAGGACAUGGGACCUGCCGCUUUCAUGUGGCCCCCGGACCGUGUUUGGUCUGGGGAUAUGGACAACAAGGCUCCUUGCGGUUCACGAGCAUCUGCUGGUAACAGGACCAACUUUCCAAUGACUGGCGGCGCUGUCUCUCUGGUUGGUCAAGAUGAUUAUUACAACACCAAGAUCAGCAUCUCGUACUCGGAAGAUCCUACGUCCAAUGAUGACUUUGAAACCCUGAUCCAGGAAAAGAGCAUCACAGAUCUCAACCCAGGCCAUACCUGCGUUCAAGUCCCCGAUGCCCCAUCCAAGGUCUCAGCCGGCGACAACGCAACUCUCCAGAUCAUCUACCGCGCCGACUGGGACGCACCACACAACCAAACCUUCUACGCUUGCGCCGACAUCACCUUCGUCAAAAAGUCCGAGUUCAAGUUUGAGAUCCCCUGCUUCAACGCUACUGAGCCCGGUGAUGAUGACAAAGCAGCUGGUGCAACUGUUGGACCUAGCCCAACUGCGACUCAUCCCGCGACGUCAUCUGAAAGCUCUGAUGCUUCUGAAGCUGAGAGCAAGUCUGGCAAGUCUAACAAGUUGAGUGGUGGAGCUAUUGCUGGUAUUGUUAUUGGUUCUAUCGCUGGUGUUGUCUUGAUUGCCGGAGCUAUUCUGUUCUUCUUGCGUCGCAGACAGCAGGAAAAGAGGAACUCGCGAAUUGCUCGUAUGGAGGAUAACGCGCGCAAGCAUCAGUUAGCUACCGAUGGCGCUUCGGGCACCAGUAUCUAA